AUGGCUACAAAUACCACAACCCAUGAGGUUCCCGAAUGGGAGGGGCGUACCACAACUGGAACCAAGAAGAGCCUCUUCAGCAAACUAGAGGACUUCCCCGCGUCUGAGGAACCCUCGAAGCAGGAGUCAAUUGAAGCAGGAUCAUGCAAUCGCACUUCUACCAGGCGAUAUCUGCCUCUUUCAAUCACGAACUUCUUCUAUCACAGUCGCAAGAGGGCGUAUAUAAUAUGCGGGAUUGGCGCGGUCCUCCUGCUUGCCCUCAUUCUGGGACUGGGCCUGGGUCUCGGGCUGUCGCAUAAAUCGUCCAAGCAAAGUGCCAAAAAUCUCCCACUCCCAACCAACGCCGCAACCUUCACAGGCGAUCUCACAUACUACAGUCCGGGACCAGGAUAUGGUGCAUGCGGUUACGAGAAUACCGAGACGGAAGCCAUAUGUGCGGUAUCACAUCUCGUCUGGGAUGCCGUGUCCACGAGCACGAAUCCGAACUUGAAUCCCCUUUGCGGAAAGAAGAUCCGUAUAACGAGAUAUUUCCCUGAGGUGGGGGGAAACAGGAGUGUGGAUGUGCAGGUUGUGGAUAGGUGUGUUGGGUGUUUGGAUACUGAUUUGGAUUUGAGUAUUGCGAUGUUUACGACCUUGGCGGAAGAGGGCCAGGGGAGAGUUGUAGGUUCUUGGGCUUGGCUGGAUGGUGCUUGA